UCUCCUCCGACUCCGCCAUGUGUGUGUUAGAAAAGUGAUGUUUCUGCUUGUUAAGAAGCCAAAAGAGUAACAUUAACCCGCUUCUUGUUCCCCUGCUCAGCGCUUAAAAUAGAGGAAGAAGUUUCCACAGCAGGACGGAGGAUAUGUCAGGCUCGUUGACAUAAGUAGAGUAGAAUAAUAAAGCAUACUAGGAGGCGGUGUGGUGAAAAUAAAGUGUCGCCAUGGCUCUGUACAUGAAGGCAGCUGAGAUCCUGGAGAAAGCGGAGAAGAAGCAGGGCGCUCUGAAGACUCUGGUGUACGACAGUAAGUUUGGGAACAUAAAGCAGCUGUUUGCUUUAGUUUGUGAGACGCAGAAGUUUUCCGCCGUGCUGCAGGAGAUCAUCGAGUCCACCAAGCUGCUCAAAAACACCAAGCUGAAGAUGCCCCUGGCCAAGGUGCUGGCCUACGACCUGCUGAUGGGUCAGGGUCUGAAGUGCGGCGGCUCCUGGAAGGCAGUCAUGAUGAAGCACCGCUCCAGGAUGCAGGCUGCACUUGCUCGCAUGAAAGUGAAGCAGAAGGUCAGCAGGAACGAUGGUCUGCUCCAGGCCGACGUCCUGCAGUCCCCUGGGGACCAGCUGCCCAGGUAUGUGCGUGUCAACACCGUGAAGACCACCGUGGAGGAUGCUGUGGACUACCUGAAGAGGGAUGGCUUCUCCUACCUGGGACAGGCCUGCAGAAUGGAUGACUUGACCCUGCAGAGGAAACACUUUGUGAUGGACCUACACCUGCCCGAGGUGCUGGUCUUCUCUCCUAAAACAGACUUCCAUGACCACUUCCUGUACAAAGCCGGUCACAUCAUUCUGCAGGACAAAGCCAGCUGCCUCCCCGCCUAUCUCCUCAACCCCCCACCCGGCUGCCAUGUCAUCGACGCCUGUGCUGCCCCCGGCAACAAAACCAGCCACCUUGCAGCCAAAAUGAAGAACAAAGGCAAGCUGUUUGCCUUUGAUUUGGAUGCCAAGCGACUGAGCACCAUGUCAACCCUCCUGCUCAGAGCAGGAGUCACCUGUCAGCAGCUGGCCAACCAGGACUUCCUGAAGGUGGAUCCUGACAGCCCGCAGUAUAAAGAUGUUGAGUACAUCUUGCUGGAUCCCUCCUGCAGUGGAUCAGGUAUGGUGUGUCUGCGGGACAACACCUCCUCUGCAGACCAGCAGGCCAAUCAGGCUCGUUUGGUCUCCUUAGCUGCCUUCCAGCUGCGUUGCCUGAAUCACGCCCUCAAGUUCCCCAGCCUGAAGCGCCUGGUCUACUCCACCUGCUCCAUCCACAGCCAGGAGAACGAGGAUGUUGUCAGUGCUUGUCUUCAGCAGAACCCGGGCUUCAGACUGGUUUCUCUGCUGCCUCAGUGGCCUGAGCGAGGUCUGGAGCCGCUCACUCAGUGUCUGCGUGCCAGCACCGCCAAGACCCGCACACAUGGCUUCUUUGUGGCUCUGCUGGAGAAACACACUGACACUGGGAACCUGAAGCAGGAACCGGCCAUCCAGAUAAGUGAGUCACAGGUGACACCACGCAGUCCACUCGCCUGUGAGAAGAGACCUGCAGCUUCUUCAGAAGAGUCUGAAGCUUCAGAGACGGAGGACAAACCCACGCCUGAUGCAGGACAGACUGACAGUACACCAGAGAAGAAGAGGAAGAGGACGAGAAAGAGGAAGAAGAAGAAGAAGGCGGCAGCAGCAACAACAACAACAACAACAACAACAACAGAGUGAUAAAUGAUGUAAAAUGAGACUGCUGCAGCAUGUUGUCUGGAGGGAUUGCUCUACUACAGGUGGCUUUUUACAGCAGACAUUUUGACUGAUGGUCAUAGGUGUUAUUAAUCAUGUAAACGAUGGCUCUGUUCUAUGUCUGUGUGAAAUAACCUUAUGGAGAUAUGUGGGGAAUG